GUUUUCGCUGUCAAAGUUGCGAACAGACGCACUUGAAACAUCAGUUUCUUAGGCCAAUGCACUACAGCCGCUGUCUAACCUGGUUGCUGUAAUACAUACACGUUGUUCUGGAUCCGAGUAUCACGCUUCCCAAGCAUCCAGCGCUCCUCGAUAUCCAACAUAUAUAUAGCGAGCGUAGUGCUAUCAAAGGACUCCACGAUACAGCAGCAACCAACACCUCGUUCCCACCGGUCACACACGAUAGAAACCACACAUCAUCACCGACCUCUCCAUCUAGCCGUGCAAUGGAAACCCCAACGCGCCGAAUAGUACCUGCUGAUCAUGCUGACCCCGACAUCGAGCUCGACGCCACCAGCCUGCACCCCGCCCAUCCGCGCCCCGCAGAACACGAGUUCUCCCUCCCGCCCGUCGACGGCGGCAAAGACGCAUGGCUCUUCCUGCUCUCCGCCUUCGUGCUCGAGAUCCUAGUCUGGGGCUUCCCGUUCUCCUUCGGCAUCUUCCAGGAGCACUACAGCGCGCACGCGCCCUUCGCGGGGUCGCGCAACAUCGCCAUCAUCGGCACGUGUGCGCUGGGCCUGAUGUACCUGUCCUCGCCGCUCGCUGGGACGGGGCUCGGGGGUGUGAUUAUCCCGCUGCUCCUGCAGUAUCUCUUGGGCCGAUACGGGUUCCGCACUGCGCUGCAUGUGUGGGCCGUCGUCCUGUUCGUGGCCGUCCUUCCCCUGACCGUGUAUCUCCGGCCGCGUCUCCCCGUGGCGCAAGUCACCCACCACCGGCGCUUCGACAUGGCGUUUCUGCGCAACAAGUCGUUCCUGCUGAUCCAGCUCGGCAACGUGCUCGAGGGCCUGGGCUACUUCGUCCCGGCCAUCUAUUUGCCCACCUACGCCAGGACGCUCGGCGCCUCGAGCGCCGUCUCCGCACUCACGCUGAUCCUGAUCAACGUUGCCGCUGUCUUCGGCUGCAUCAUCAUGGGCGGCAUCGUAGAUCGCUGGCACAUCACAACGUGCAUUCUGCUGUCCACCGUCGGAUCCACGCUCUCUGUUUUCUUGCUCUGGGGAUUCUCCACGAAUCUGUCUCUUCUCCUUGUCUUCUGCGCUGCGUAUGGGUUCUUUGCAGGGAGCUAUUCGACGACGUAUCCAGGCGUAAUGAAGACGCUGAGGAACAGCGGGCAGACUACUGAUUCGACGAUGGUGUAUGCAGCGCUGGUCGCCGGAAGAGGGAUUGGAAAUGUCGUCUGUGGGCCAGUGAGCGAGGCGUUGAUCAGAAUGGGGCAGGUUGGAGACAGUGGGGCGUAUGCGAGUGAGUAUGGACCGCUUGUACUUUUCACCGGUAUUAGUGCUGCGUUGGGGGGCGUGAGCUGUUUCGGGAGGACUUUAGGGUGGUUCUGAAGGGUCAGUAGAGGAGGGUUGGAUUGUGUGCAGCUGAUCGAUCGACGAUCCCGACAGCAGCAACAAAAAGACGACAAAGAUCGCCCUUGGCGAAAUGUGAUAGGAAGAGAAUACGCCAGGGAACUUCCAGAGAGUACUGGGGUUGAGGCGGAGCCUAUGCGACUAUUCUGUUCUUUCGAUAGCAUAUCUACAGCGUGGCUUGUAGGACAUACUGUUCUGUCAGAAGCUAUACGCAAAUGGAGACGUACAAUCUGUCCACUACAUUGUGGGAACGUAUUUGA